AUGGCGCUGGAUUUCCUCAAGUACACUUAUCCUUUGAAUAAACAGUAUUUCCUGAUUCCCCGCUUCACCCUACGUAUCCUCGGCUUCUAUCCGGAAACCGAUUGGAACUUUUGGGUAAAAUCGUGGGCUUUUUUCAACAUUUCCAUUCUUGCCUAUGGCUGUUAUGCCGAACUAUUCUAUGGCAUACACUAUUUGUCCAUUGACAUUGUCAUGGCCUUGGAUGCUUUGUGCCCGGUCGCUUCGAGCAUCAUGUCCUUCAUUAAGAUUUUUUUCAUUUGGUGGUAUCGUGAAGAGUACAAACAACUCAUCGAAGAAGUCAGGCGUUUAACGGAUGCCCAAAACACUCAGAGGAAACAGAAAAUGAAACGUUGGUAUUUUACAAUUACAACACGACUAAACGCUUUGGUGUUAUUUUUUGGAUUCUGCUGCAGCACAUCGUACAGCAUACGUCCGAUACUGACCAAUAUCCUAUUGUACAUGAAUGGAAAAGAUAUUGUCUACGAAACACCAUUUAAAAUGAUAUUUCCUGACUCCCUGCUCUCUAUGCCUCUAUAUCCGUUGACAUUUCUUUUGGUUCACUGGCACGGCUACAUAACUGUUCUUGGAUUUGUCGCAGGAGAUGGUAUGUUUUUGGGCUUUUGUUUCUACUUUUCGACUCUGCUAAAAGCCUUGCAGCAGGAUUUGGUGGAUGUUUUGACGAUAACUGAUGAUCAUGAUACUAAAAAUCAUCCCAGACGAUCGGAAUCUCAGAUUUGUUCAUCUUUAGCAAAUAUAAUUAGUCGUCAUAAUGAAAUCGCCGACCUAACAAUAAAGCUUUCUAAGAUUAUGGUGGAAAUCACUCUCUGUCAUUUUAUUACAUCCAGUGUGAUUAUUGGAACCAGUGUUAUUGACUUACUUCUAGUGAGUGGUUACGGUUCCAUUGUUUACAUUGUGUACACCUGCGCUGUCUUAUCGGAAAUAUUUCUAUACUGUCUUGGCGGGACGGCUGUAAUUGAAAGUAGCCAAGAAUUGGCAGUGAAAGCGUACACAAGCAAUUGGUAUGGCCACAGUGUUAAAAUUCAGAAAAUGGUUCUGCUCAUUAUUGUUCGAUCUCAAAGACACUUUGUUGUUAAGGUACCGUUUUUUAUGCCAUCUCUACCCGCAUUGACAGCAAUUCUAAGAUUUACCGGAUCAGUGGUUGCUCUGGCAAAAUCAGUUAUAUAA